AUGAACUAUUCUGACUUGUAUGAAGACAUUUUUCGUACAUUCCAGUUUUUUCCAAGUGAUGUUAUUGAGUUUCAGUAUUCAGUUCCUGGUUGUGAAGUUUGUUUCCUUCGUAAUGAUCGUGAUUUCCAAAUGCUGUUCUGCGCUGCUAGAAUACAUAAGUUAGAUUGUGUUGAGAUUUCUAUUUUAAAGAUUGGUGGAAGCUGCAGCAGAACUUGUUCAGUGGAUAGUUGUUCGGCAGUUAUUAAUGAAGACGAUUAUUUGGGGGAGGCCUUUAGGACUGAAGUUCACAAGACGUAUUUGUCUGAUGGGUGGAGUUCUUAUAUUCACUAUGUUGGGGAGAAGUUUCAUGGUGCAGCUGAGCUCCGUGAGAUGCUCAGGAAGUAUAUAAUUGCAGUUGCGUUCAAGUUUGUAUUUUUGAGAAAUGAUUUGGACCGUAUUCAUGCAGUCUGUACAAAUGUUGGAACCGAAGGUUGUGAUUGGCAUCUUCACGCUCUUUCAUCAUCUGCCAAUGGUUGCCUUUAUAUAACAGAGUUGAAUAAUAUUCACACUUGCAAGGGUGUAGUUAGGACUCAAAAGCACAAGCUUUUGGGAUCCAGGGUUGUCAAGACUUGCAUUGUUGCCGAUGUUAGCUAUAAUCUUUCAUUGAAGCCAAGGGAGAUUAUGAAUUCAUUCAGCAAGUUAUCUUGGCACAAGGAAGCUGUUUUGCAGAGUAACCCGUGCUCUUCUUUUGUGUUGGAAGUUGACCCAUCUACUAAUCGUUUUCAGAGGCUUUUUAGAGCUUACGGAGGUUUUGUUGAAGGCUUCCAAUUCUGUUUGCCUGUGUUGUAUGUUGAUAGACCGUUUGGUAAAAGCAUUUACAAGGGUCAGAUUCUUUCUGCAACUGGAAGAAAUGGAAAUCAAGGUUUCUACCCUCGAGCCAUAUGUUUUUGUGAUUAUGAGACAAAUGCAAAUUGGACAUUCUUUUUCAAGCAUUUGAAGAAUUUGCUUGAACCUCAAGGAAGAGUCAUCAUAUUUAUUAGUGAUCGGGUUACUGGACUGUUGAAUGCUUUCGAUAAGGUUGCAUAUUCCUCUACUGAGAAGGAAUACCGUUUCAAUUUGCGGUUGCUUAGAGCAGUUGGUGGUGCCGAUAUUAUUGACCAUUUUCUUGCUGAAAUCCCUGUGGAAAAUUGGUGCCGUGCAUUUUAUACUAGCUGCCGAUAUGGAAUUAUGGCUUAUGGGAUUGCGGAAUCAUUUAACUCUUGGAUUGCAAUUGAGCGUUUGAUGCUAGUAUAUUGUAUGUUGGAUGAGACCAGAAUAAAACAAAUGGAGCUAAUGGGUGAGAGGAGGGAUGAGGCACAACGUUGGACCACAGAACUAACUCCCAAAAUGGAGGAAAGGUUGAAGGUGCAGAUGGAGAAAUCUCGUCAUUUCAGUGUCCAUUUGUAA